CUCACGUUUUAAGAAAAAACAGGCCGAACCCUUCAGGGUGCCUCCUGCAGGGAUGGCUGCCAAACUGUAGAUGUGGGGCUCUGGCCAAGGAGAAUUGGACAUCAGUAGCAGAAGGUUAACCAGCCAUGGCCUGUUUGUCUUGCUAAGCCUGGUAAUGCAAGUCCAGGGAAAGUCCAGGGAAAAUGCCACACCUUCAAAAACAGCCAAUCUGAGGCUAUGGGCGAUCCAGGCAUAACUUGCAGCUGGAAGAGACACACUAUUCUACACCUGGUGCAUCGGAGAACAAACAGUGACUGGGACCAUUCCUGUAAAUCAUUUGGAAGUAACAGAUAACAAUAUAUCAUUCAUAUAUCUUAGAUAGCUGCUGCAAAUACUUUGUGUGCUAUCUUGUGUUUUCACAGGAUAGCCUUUCCUUUGUGUCUGCUUCGGAGUUGUCCUGGGAAAAUUGGAAACUAUGACAUUUCUUUUAGCUGGAGCCAGCAAGACUGAAAUGAACAGUUACAAUGGGAAUGGACUUGUUUAUGUUAUGAACCCUCACUUGGAUUUAAUGGAUGAAGAUAUCCUUUAUCACUUAGACUUAGGGACCAAAACGCACAAUCUGCCAGCCAUGUUUGGCGACACGAAGUUUGUCUGCGUGGGUGGGAGCCCCAACAGAAUGAAAGCUUUUGCUCAGUUCAUGCAUAAAGAACUUGGACUCGAAGGAGAUGGCAAAGACAUAAAAGAUAUUUGUGCCGGGACGGACCGAUACUGCAUGUACAAAGUCGGGCCGGUGCUCUCCAUCAGUCAUGGGAUGGGUGUUCCAUCCAUUUCUAUCAUGCUUCAUGAGCUAAUCAAAUUGCUACACCAUGCAAAAUGCCGUGAUGUUACCAUUAUACGCAUCGGUACUUCAGGGGGAUUAGGGAUUGAGCCUGGCUCUGUUGUAAUAACAGACACGGCUGUUGAUUCUUUUUUUAAGCCGCAGUUUGAGCAGGUGAUAUUGGACAAUGUGGUAACGCGAAGCACGGAACUUGAUCGAGACCUUGCUGAGGAACUACUUGAAUGUAGCAGACAGAUUAAGGAUUUCCCAUCCCUCAUUGGCCAUACAAUGUGCACUGAUGAUUUUUAUGAGGGUCAGGGACGAUUAGAUGGAGCGUUGUGUUCCUUCUCCCGUGAAAAAAAGCUGGAGUACUUAAAAAGAGCUUACAAUGCUGGAGUUAGAAACAUAGAAAUGGAGUCUACUGUAUUUGCUGCUAUGUGCAGGCUUUGUGGCCUUAAAGGGAGAAAAUUAGGCUAGAAUCGCUUCCCUCAAGCUCUUAGCACUCUCAGGCAGCUGUUGAGACCUCAGUUCAAAUAAGCAGCUGCAUCACAGCAACUGAACUCAUAAAUCCUCUACCCUUUUCUGGAAUCUGAUCCAUAGAUCCAAGGACUAAUACUGAGAAUUUAUUCAAAACCAUCAUUUCCCCAAAGCAAAGUCUGGUCCUGGCUUUUCAGAUUUUAUAAAUCGAUUAUAUGAGAUUGAUUGGGAUGCAUUGUACCCAAGGGGGAGUGGAUUAAUGAUGUUAGAAAAACCAAAACAUUUCAAGCCAGCUUGUGAAAAUUUUCUAAGACUUUCAUGUCAGAGUGUGUGUGUGUGUUGUUUCAUUUUAUAGUGGCUGCAAAGGUCACUGAGUUCCUCCUGACAUUCUGGGGGUUGCAUUCACUGUUUUUAUUCAAGCUAUUUUUAAAAGCUGAAGAUAUAAAGAUCCACUGGUCAGAGCUUACAUUUGAACUAACAAGAGCAUUUCAGGAAGAAUUUCUUUGUGCUAUGCAUUCCCUUCCAUACCUCUCUUGGAAUCACAACCCUCGUUGGAUUUUUAUUAUGGGGUUUUCUUAUGCGGCUGUAUUAGGGCAACCGAGGAAAAUAGGUUUAUAAUCGUUUACAGGUCACACUGAUGACCUCUACCAAUUAUAACUGAACUGCAGCUAUGAAGGCUGCCAGUUUCUUUAAUAAGAGUAGUGGCAUGGUAAGGAAUGCCAAAUAAGGGUGAAGUUUUUACAUUACAGUCAAUAGCUAGGGUGGCAAUGUGUGCAACUUUGCAGAGGACCAUUUGAAGGAUUUAAUUUAAAGAUGAACAGCAAUAAGAAGGGAGAGCAGGGACCUCGGUGCUACCUGUUAUCAGUUAGCAAACUUGGACUGCAGAACAGUAUUAAAUUUUGUUAAUUUGCUCUAAAUUUCCAUUGAUAACAUAAAUUAGCAUAGGCAAAUCUGUCUUUUUUUAAAGGAUGCAUCCCCUCCCCCAGUUCCACUGAUUUUCCACAGUGCUUCCCCUCACCAAGAAAAACAGCACCUCAUGGGAGCAACUUUUGCCUACCCUCACUGAUUUAUUUCAGUGUGCUUAAGAACUGGAAGGUCCAAUCUCAGAGAGAGAGAAGAAUGCUCCAUCAAUAACUAAGUUUGCCUUGAAGAUUUUUUUUUAAAUCAUUUGACAAUGUUUGAAAAGCCCAAAUGGCUAAACCUUUCUUCCUGUUGGGCCUCCACUCAUUUUCCCAGAAGUAAAAAAAUGCCUUAUGCUUGGGAAGGAGUUAAUGGGUACCGGAAAGCCCCUUUCACACAUGAGAGGAUCUCAUUGGUUUCUGCAAGGAAAUAUGGUCAAUGGUUCCCAGCUGAGAAAUGAUGCUCUGCACAGCAUUUGCAGUGCAUGGGCACAGAAAGGAUUGGGGGGGGGCUUUGUU